ACAUUUUAACUUUAGAAAAAGGUUUAGGAAAUGACAUCUCAGAAUCCACCAUUGUCUAUGAUUGUGCCAUUUUAAAAACUUAGAAUAUGUCAGUGUCAAGUUUGACAACUAUUAUUUCUUUUCGUUUCUGCAAAACAAAACGCAAACAUGGCAGAGGUUGAUGAAACUCUCAAAAAGAAGCGUACCUUUAGGAAGUUUACCUUCCGAGGAGUUGAUCUUGAUCAACUUCUGGAUAUGCCUAAUGAGCAGCUUAUGGAGUUGAUGCAUGCCCGAGCGCGGCGACGAUUUGCCCGUGGUCUUAAACGUAAACCAAUGGCGCUUGUUAAGAAACUACGUCGUGCAAAGAAAGAAGCACCCCCAAAUGAGAAGCCAGAGAUUGUCAAAACUCAUCUCCGCAAUAUGAUCAUUGUCCCAGAAAUGGUUGGUUCAAUUGUCGGCAUAUAUAAUGGCAAAACAUUCAACCAGGUUGAAAUUAAGCCGGAGAUGAUUGGUCACUAUCUGGGCGAGUUUUCCGUGACAUAUAAGCCUGUUAAGCACGGUCGGCCUGGUAUUGGUGCCACUCACAGCUCCCGGUUUAUUCCACUCAAGUAAAGUGGGCUGACCACCUUUUAUAGGCUAAGUGUUAAAAAUGUGUACAGGAUUACAAUAAAUCUUGUGCAACCA